UAUGUAAUUCCCUUCGCAAAUUUCAGCCUGUUUGAACGGUCCCGGCCCACUCUAAUUAACGUCCUCCCCUUUUACCAAAUGAUCGCGACAAAGCCUAAGUGAAAGCAACCGAGAUCAUUAUAUAUUUUUUGCGAUAACAACUAUUCUUGAACUAAUGUCUGCCAUGUCUACCUCAGCUAAUUUUCCAGAACCCGAACAUUCCGGACUGUUAAAGUUUUUAUCUGCUGCGUUCUACGCUGUCAGUUCUUUUUUGAUCAUUGUUGUGAACAAAACGAUUCUCACAAACUACAGAUUUCCCUCCUACAUGUUUCUAGGAAUUGGCCAGAUGACUACUACAAUCCUCAUUCUCUAUUUUGCUAAAAUGAACCAAACAGUUCACUUCCAAGACUUUGACAGAAGUGUUCUCAUCAAAAUCUUCCCCCUACCUUUGCUGUAUGUUGGAAACCACAUAACAGGACUGGCUAGUACAAAGAAGUUAAGCUUACCCAUGUUCACGGUAUUAAGGAAGUUCACCAUAUUGAUGACAAUGAUCAUGGAAGCAAGGCUAUUGAGAAAAACAUUCCCUAAUCGUCUUAUCUACAGUGUUCUGGCCAUCAUUUUUGGAGCUUUGGUGGCUGCCAGCUCUGACUUGGCCUUUGAUGCAGAGGGCUACACGUUCAUUCUGCUUAAUGAUGUCUUCACUGCUGCCAGUGGUGUGUACACCAAGAAGAAGCUUGGAACUGAGGGUCUUGGAAAAUAUGGGAUCUUAUUUUACAAUGCAUUCAUCAUCGUCAUCCCAACUCUUCUGGCAAGUGCAUUUACUGGGGAUUUAGACAAGGCCAUCACAUAUGAACACUGGUUGAAUGCCCCCUUUGUUUCCUGCUUCCUUAUUUCCUGCCUCAUGGGGUUUGUGCUGAUGUAUUCCAUAGUGCUGUGUAGCCACUACAACUCUGCACUGACCACCACGGUGGUGGGAGCAAUUAAGAACGUUGCUGUGGCCUACAUCGGCAUGUUUUUAGGUGGAGACUACCUGUUUUCAUGGACCAACUUCCUGGGGUUAAAUAUUUGUAUAUCAGGGGGACUUGUGUAUUCCUACCUGACGUUCCACAGCAGCAGCAAACCAUCCCAAAGCGAUGAAAGCGGAAUAAAGGGAAACCAGGACCAGCUGAUCAUUCCCAUGAUGGAAGAUUCCAUAGACAGACUCCCUGUGAAAUAAGUGAAUAAACCUGUGAUGAACCAGGUGAGACAUGAUGCCGUAGUCUUUUUCUGUACUGUAAGCAGUAAACACUGCCUUUGGUAUCGGCUCCAUAGUGGAGCAAAAGUUAUAACAUUUUGUAGACUUAAAUGAUCAUUAUGUUAAAUUAUAAUCAUAUUUUUGACCAAUGUUCAUUAUUUUGUGUUGCAAGUUGAAACCUGCAAUUCAAUUGUCUUGUCAAGGGUUUAGCUAAUCUAUAGGUGUUAUUACACAUGUAAAUAGCAAUACUAUAUGUAUUAUUACACAUGUAAAUAGCAAUACUAUAUGUAUUAUUGCACAUGCAAAUAGCAAUACUAUAUGUAUUAUUACACAUGCAAAUAACAAUACUAUAUGUAUUAUUACACAUGCAAAUAACAAUACUAUAUGUAUUAUUACACAUGUAAAUAGCAAUACUAUAUGUAUUAUUGCACAUGCAAAUAGCAAUACUAUAUGUAUUAUUACACAUGCAAAUAGCAAUACUAUAUGUAUUAUUACACAUGUAAAUAGCAAUAGUAUAUGUAUUAUUGCACAUGCAAAUAGCAAUACUAUAUGUAUUAUUACACAUAUAAAUAGCAAUACUAUAUGUAUUAUUACACAUGUAAAUAGCAAUGACCACUAGUAGUUACUAACCACCUCUUGAAACCAAUGUGUGUGACUGAAAGACAUACUGUAGUGUAGUGUAUAGAGCUGUAUGUUCAAUGAGAACUAAACUAUAGUUUAGUGAUGCAGCUCUUAACAAUCAAUGAACCUAACUAUAAACGUGAAGAAAUGAAACUAGCUCCUAGACCAUGAUCAAUGAUGGUGUUUAUUGAAGACCAACUAGUACCAACAGUGGACUGCCUAUAAAGAGAAUCUCGGCUUUAAACACCAACAAUGUCAUCUCCACAGAGCAAGUCAGAACAUUUCCUAUCAAGGCCUAAAACACACCAAUUCUGACUAUGGUCUGUUUAACACAGUGGGAGAGAAAGUGAAUUUCACAAUCAUCUACACAUGAACUUCAAGCUCUUGUACUGUAGAUUGUGUGCAGUCAUUUUUCUCCUUCUCUUUCUCUAACAAACAAGUUAGGGAAUAUAUUAACUGACGAAACAUUUUGAAACCAAAUAAUAAACAAUGAGUUAGAAAAACAAGAUAUAUACAUUAUACUUGGGUAUAAUAACACAUAAUUUGGUGCUUUGACUGUUGUCCAGAUUAGCCUGUACUCCAUCAAAAGAUGUAUAGGACACGUUAUCUCACUGGACAGUGUGGUCCACUCAACGUCUACUUUUAAUUACAUUUGUUUGAAUUGUAAAGUAAAGUGAAUUCAAUGUGAAA